UUGGUGUGUACGCCUCAAUCAGCAUGAAACCUAGACAGUUUCACUUUGCAACUCUAUUAUUUCUUAUAACGUAUUUAAUGAUCUGUACAUCGAAUGGAUCCCCGCAAGAUAAAAUGAACGUUCUCCUUAUAGUAGCCGACGAUUUUAGACAAGCGCUGGGCAGCUAUGGGAAUACUGUGGUAAAAACUCCGAACCUUGACCAGCUCGCACAACGUUCGAUUCGCUUUACCAAAGCCGCUUCACAGCAAGCUGUUUGUGGUCCCAGCCGAAUUUCAUUCCUUACUGGCAGGAGACCAGACACAACAAAGCUUGUUUACAACAAAAAACUUACCUACUGGAGGGUGAAUGCUGGAAAUUUCACCACUUUACCACAACACUUCAAGGAUAGUGGUUAUUUUACCGCUUCUUCAGGAAAAGUCUUUCACCCAGGAAAAGCAUCAAACUCUACUGAUGACUAUCCAUAUAGUUGGACCAUUCCACCUUAUCAUCCUUCAACUCACGAAUACAAAAAUGCACCGGUAUGUCCAAGUGUAGAUGGUCAACUACACACCAACGUUGUAUGUCCAGUCGAUGUUAAAAAGCAACCAGAGGGAACAUUGCCAGACAUUCAGAGCACUCAAUAUGCUUUAAAUUUCUUAAAAAAUUACACUGAUUCAAACAACAACAACCAGCCGUUCUUCCUGGCUGUUGGUUACCACAAGCCGCACCUCCCUCUGAAAUAUCCUAAAGAGUUCCUCGACAUGUACCCCAUAGAGGAGAUUGACAUAGCAGCAAAUCCCGAACUUCCCUUUGAUUUGCCGCCAGUGGCAUAUGAACCGUGGACUGAUCUGCGAUGGAGAGAUGACAUUGCAGCACUAAAUCUGAGUUUCCCAUAUGAACCCAUUCCAGAUUUUUAUGCCAAAAGGAUCAUACAAAGUUACUAUGCUGCAACAACCUAUAUGGACAGUCUAGUCGGACAGUUACUGACAGCUUUAGACGAGUAUGGUCUUACAGGCAAUACAAUUGUGAGCUUCAUUGGAGAUCAUGGUUUUGCAUUGGGUGAACAUCAGGAGUGGUCAAAGUACAGUAACUUCAGAGGAACCACAAAUGUACCCCUAAUAAUCCAUGUACCUGGUAUGACUGACAACAGAGACCAUGGAGGCUCAGGAAUUGUAUCUGAUGCUCUUGUAGAAUUAGUGGACUUGUUUCCAACUCUUGCAGAACUGGCUGAGCUGAAAGUGCCAGAUCUUUGCCCAGAUGACUCUUCAAACAUCACUCUGUGUUCAGAGGGUCUCAGCUUUGCUCCUCUUUUGAAGAAUUUAGACAUGCCAUGGAAAAAGGCCAUCUUUAGCCAACAUCCAAGACCAUCAGAUGAACCACAACAAAACUCGUGUGCGCCUACGCUUUCUGAGAUUACAAUUAUGGGAUACUCCAUGCAGACAAGUUCUUACCAUUACGCUGAGUGGAUACAAUAUGACCAUGAAACACAGAAGGGGAACUGGUCGAACGUACAUGCCAGGGAAUUAUACUUAGGUCCUCAGGAUGACGUGAAUGUUGCUUCCGUACCUUCUCUAUCGAAUCUGGUCCAGGAUUUGUCAGAUCAGUUGAGGAAAGGCUGGAGAAAUGCUUUACCAGAGAACAGUUACGUUAAUGCAUGAAUUACACAUAAUAUAUUUAACCCUUGUGCUUUGUAGUUGGCUUAAAGCCUUGUUUCCUAAUUUGGGGAGAUUCCCGAAUGAUCAGGAAAUUUUUGCAGUAAUCAAUUGCCAAGAAUAUCAUAAGUAGUAGACUGACUAGGAAAUGUAUGCAAACAAUGUUAUUCAACAAGGUUAUUAGCUUCUAAAGAAAGUAUUUUACUGUGUCGACAUGAAAAGGAAACAAUUUCAAGGUAAUCCACACACCUACCCAUUGUUUAAGGUCCGUAAACUGUCAUAGCAAAUGUUGUCGAGCUGAUUACUCAUGGUAUUCUUGCAUUAGCCUCAGUCAAAAGUCUGAUAGACAAACUACAACCAGGCAUUUACCCUGGAUCAAAGCAAAUUUGCUUCAAAGAUGGGCCAAUGCUUGAAAUGUCAGCUUUCAAAAUUUGCCAUAUCAGUUCACGUACCUUGAUCCUUUUAACUGCAGAUAAAAUAGAAUGUUACAGCCAUGUACUGGAUGACAACGUAUGUACACAGAGGGUAACUUGUAUCGCAUUGAAGCAAUAUUUAAUUCAAAGGUGAAAUGGCUGUUUACAGCUAAAUAAAUACAAAUACA